UAUAGAGUAUUUAAUUGAAAUGUAUGGAGGGUGAGAGAAGAACUGUCUAUAGAGCUGUGUGGCCUCUUCAGCUUGCACAAGUUAAUUUGCAAAAAGGCUCUGUGGUGUUUGAGCACCCCAUCCCGUCCUGCAGCCAUACACCUCUGCAGUAUUUCUCCUUCUGGGGGCACUUCCACUUGCCACUGCUAUGGUCUCUGAGCAAACUGAGCCACUCCUGCUGCUCAGGGCAUUAUAGAGGGGACCAGGCUGGACCAACACAGCCAUGCUCAAGGCUUUACGUACUGGGGCAGCUGUGAGCCCUAAAUUCUGGGGGCUCUAGUAGAGGCCUGGCCUGAUGGCCAGAGGAAUGAAAGCAGGACCAACAGGACCAGUGCUGUCCUGAGAAAAGCAAGAUGCCUCCCAAAGGAAGAGUGCCUUGGAAGUGAUUUUUUCUUUCUGAAACGCAUUAGUUGGAAAGCAGAGAGAGCAUCACAUCCCACUGCCAUCAGUAAAUCACCAAUAGUAACUAUGAAAGGAAAUGUGUGUUUCUCCUGCUGAGAAACAGCACCCAGGACUAAUGUCAUUUAAUAUAACAUGGCAGGAGCAGAGGUUAACCAUGUGGUUAAUGAAGCUUAAUGUGUAUAAAACCUGUAGAGAAAUUGUUUUUUCUGGUGUUGUUGCUAGUAAGUCUGUCCUCACUUUCAUAAAAAGAGUGUGGUGAUAUCUAAGAGUGGUAUUUUGAUGCCUGAAAUGCUCCUCAUAUAAAUAGAACAAGCAGAUCAGCAUGACCAAGUGAUAAAAUUACCUUCUGGUCUUCAGGAACUUCAGCAUGUAACCGCGCUAUAGGGACCUCAGUGUACCCCUCUUCACAGCACAAAUAAAUACAUUUGGAAAUGGAGGUGGAGGAGGCAUAUGAAAAAGGAGAGAAUACACAGGGGAAAAUGACUCGAGCUGAAGCUGCAAAAUUAGUGAAAAAGAACUUUCUGGAAGCCCUGAAGUCCAAUGACUAUGAAACACUGGAAGAGCUCUUGAACCAAAAGAAAAUAGAUGUGGAUACGGUGUUUGAAGUGGAAGAUGAGAAUCUGAUUCUGGCAUCCUACAAACAAGGAUACUGGCUGCCUAGUUACAAAUUAAAAAUAUCCUGGGCAACUGGACUUCAUCUGGCUGUCAUGUAUGGGCAUCUGGAGAGUCUUUCAGUCCUGCUCAAUCACAAAGCUACAAUCAACUGCCGGCCCAAUGGGAAAGCUGCAAUCCACAUAGCGUGUGAAACAGCAAAUGUUGAGUGUCUCAAGAUCCUCUGCAACCAUGGAGCUAAGCUGAACUGCUUUUCAAUGAGUGGGCAGGCGCCAUUGCAUUUCUGUACAACACUAACCUCCAUUCCUUGCGCCCAGCAGCUGAUUUGGAGAGGAGCCAACGUGAACAUAAAAACCAACAACCAAGAUGAGGAAACCCCUCUGCACACUGUUGCGCGUUUGGGUAUCCCUGAGCUCGUGGCUUUCUAUGUGGAACAAGGGGCGCAGGUCGAUGCUCUCAAUGCCCACAUGGAGACCCCCCUGGCUUGUGCAGUCUACUGGGCCCUCCACUACAAGGAGCAGACGUACAGCCCUGACCACCACCUCAUCUGCCGGAUGCUCUUAGACUAUAAAGCUGAAGUGAAUGCUCGUGAUGAGGACUUCAAGUCUCCACUCCACAAAGCUGCCUGGAACUGUGAUCACGUACUGCUUCACAUGCUGCUGGAGGCAGGAGCAGAAGCCAACAUCAUGGAUGUCAAUGGCUGUGCCCCCCUACAGUAUAUCAUAAAAGUGACAUCUGUGAGGCCAGCUGCCCAGCCUGAUGUCUGCUACCAGCUGCUACUGAAUCAUGGAGCAGCCAGGAUAUAUCCCCUGCAGUUCCACAAGGUGCUACAAGCCUGUCAUUCCUAUCCCAGGGCUGUGGAGGUGGUUGUUAACAGCUAUGAACACAUCAAAUCAACAUCAAAGUGGAAAGCGGCCAUACCUGAUGAUGUCUUUGAGCGGCACCAGGAUUUCUACGACUCCUUAUUCAGUGUGUGCAGCAAUUCCCCACGGUCCCUCAUGCACUUAAGCAGAUGUGCUAUUCGGACGACACUGUCAGAACGAUGCCACAGAAGCAUCCCCUUGCUCUCCAUCCCACUGUCCAUGAAGAAGUACUUGCUGCUGGAACCAGAAGGAAUAAUCUACUGAGCCAGUGCCGUGCUGCUGCCUGCACCUUCAUGGAGUUGCAGGCCCUGUGCUCACACAAACCUUCACUUCUGUGUGGCCUGAGGGCUGGCUGGCACUCAUUGACCCUCCUCAGAGCCUACUUGGGGAAGCAGAGUUGGAAAGGCACCUCCAAAUGAACAUAUCCCACUAUGCUUUGUUCAGCCUAGUGUCAACAGCCCAAGCAAUGAUGCUUCCAUUUCUAUCAGUAUUUAUUCCACUGUUUGAUAUUGUUAGAUUCAAUCUGAGCAGCCCUUAGUACUGUUUCACUGCAGUUUUCUUUAGCUGUCAUUUUAGGAGUCAGAGGAUACCGUCAAAAAGUAGCGUGUUCAUUUGUGAUAGGAAUGCUUUCCCAGAAAGAAAUGGGCAAACUGAUUUGUGUCAUGACCACAGUCAGGAUUGCAGUAGUUUCCUAUGGAUCAGUAGUGAAUUUGGGAUUAAUUAAUUGUUCACUACACCUGUCUGUACCUUAAAGUUUUGUCAUAAUACUAUUCUUUUUAAUUGUAAUAUUUUUUUUCCGUUAUCCAUUCUAGUAUAGGAACAUGUCUGAAAUCUGCAGCACUGACAUUUCUGUGUGUUCUUAUUCAUGUCUUGGUAGCUUUUAGAAGAUGUCUCUGUUUCCACUCUCACUGUGACCUGCAUCAAAUUCACAUCCUGGUGUGGAUAAGGCAGAUGCCCUGGACUUACCUGUGUCAGCUCACAUACA